AGCGCACUGAGCACUUCUGAACAAGUAGAAACAAAUUAGUGGAAAACUCCCGCACGGGCAGGAUCACACAAACACAAAGGUCAAGGUUAAGCACAGACACCCCAUUUAGGUUCGCCGAAGUUUGGUUAAAGAGUGACAACACAGGUGGAGGCGACAUAUAAACGGGGUGACACAACAAACUCGUCAUCUACAAGCAUGAAGCUCAUCAAUUUGGGUGCAGACCCAUUGCUGGUAUAUCAGCCAAAUUUGACACCGAAGACCAAAAAGGAAGAUUACAGAAACUUUGAGACGGGGAGUGUCGCCGAGCAUGUGUACAACACGUACAGACUGAUGCACGCCAACCAGACUGUGGACUUUGUCAAGCGAAAGCACUUGGAAUGGAGCGGUUGCAGCCACGCUGAGAUGUCCAUGAUGGAUGCCGUCAUGUCUCUGGACCAGCUGGUGGACGAGUCCGAUCCGGACGUGGACUUCCCUAACUCCUUUCACGCCUUCCAGACGGCCGAGGGGAUCCGCAAAGAGCACCCAGACAAAGACUGGUUCCAGCUAGUGGGUCUGAUUCACGAUGUUGGGAAGGUCAUGGCGCUGUGGGAUGAACCUCAAUGGGCCGUGGUGGGUGACACCUUCCCUGUUGGCUGCACCUUUCAAAACUCCAUCGUGUUCCGAGACAGCACCUUCCAGGAGAACCCAGAUGACACAAAUCCCAGCUACAAGUAGGUAGAUAUUCUCCUGCUAAAAUUGACUCCAUUUAGUUUUAUUGUUUUGUUCAGCUCCAAAUAUGGAAUCUACAAACCAAACAUCGGGCUUGACAAUGUCCUCAUAUCCUGGGGUCAUGAUGAAUAUCUUUACCGCGUUCUCCAGUUCAACAAGUGCUGCCUUCCCAAGGAGGGUCUCAACAUGAUCCGCUACCAUUCCUUCUACCCAUGGCACUCGCAAGGCGACUACAUGUACCUGUGUGACGACACAGACCUGCAAAUGCUGUCUUGGGUGCAGGAGUUUAACAAAUUCGAUCUCUACACAAAAGUGGCCGAGCUGCCCGACGUGGAGAAGCUGCGUCCGUACUACCAGUCGCUGAUCAACAAGUACUGUCCUGGGAUACUGAAAUGGUGA